AUGUCCCUCAAUGCCCUGCCGGGUUGUAGUCCCAAUGGGAGUGAGGGUGUUGACGCAUUCUUCGUGCCGGACUUUACUGAAGUCGACAAUAACGUUACAAUUCAUGUCUCUCCACAAUUAGCUCGUGAAGACUGGUCCGCACUGGUAUUUCACUUCCCAGGAAUGGACCAUGUCGGCCAUACCGGCGGACCAGAGAGUCCCUAUAUGGUUCCGAAGCAACAAGAGAUGGACUUUAUUAUCCGUGAGAUAUAUACAGCCAUCGAAUCCCAGCCUCAUCUCAGUUCGACCCUCUUCGUCGUAGCUGGCGACCAUGGCAUGAACCAACAAGGGAGUCAUGGUGGAUCCUCCGCGGGUGAAAUCUCCCCAGGGAUGCUCCUGAUUUCUCCUGAUUUGAAAUCGCUCCGUAGCGACAGAAAAGCUCCAAGUGCCCCUCGUGGCACUGGAUUUGACUUUUACUCUGUCAUCAAACAACCCGAUAUCGUCCCCACGCUGGCCGGUCUGCUCGGUUUUCGAAUCCCUAGCAAGAGCGUGGGACUGUUCAUGCCACAACUCCUAUCCCUUUGGGAAGACCCGUCUGAUCGUGUACGGUUAGUAUUGGAGAACGCUCAUGAACUACUGAAUGUUAGGGGACACCAUGUCGAUCACCCGUAUCACAUCACUCUUCAAAGAAUUGAAGAUCGAAUUGUUUCGGAUCCAAGCUCAACGGAAGCCUUGUCGGAAUUAUACCAGGUAAAUCUGCUUGAUGUCCACUAUCCAUCUGAUUGA